AUGGCAACCGUUCCAGGUCCCGGUGCCCGGGAUACAAACCUGGCGCGAAGCUGCCUCCGCUUUCUUCAGACGCCACCGCUGCCCUCUAAGAACCACAACUGCUGCAACGUCCCGCCGGCAUCUAGGAAGCGCAGCCUCGACAGUUCAGACAAAGGCGUGUCCGACAGAGAUUCGGAUAACGAUGACUCUGGCUCGGAUGUCGACGUGAGCAGCGCCUUGAAUGGGCUCGGCUACCUCGCCCAUCAUCACCACUUAGUGUUAGGUCAGGGUCCUGGCCCAAAGGCUUUGCUGGUGCUGACCGGCGCAGAUUGCCUCGUCGACAACUGGCUGAACGGCGCCAAUCAUCAGUAUUACGCCUUGUACCCGCCCGAAUUUAGGACCCAGUACGACGGCUGGUGGGCGACCCCGCAAAAUAAGGUGACGCCCGAACUCACGAGCCUGAUCCUGCGCGUUUGCGCAUGCUCCCUCCAUUUCAUCAUCGACAACAGCGUCAAAGUGAGACUCGAAACGGAACUCGACACCGAUGUCCUGACCUUCGCCGACCGCAUGCAUGCUGCGGCCCAGAAGCUCAGCGCCAGCAUCCCCCUAGGAAAAGGUGGCCUCGUCCACGUUCAGCAACUAUUUCUCACCGCAUUCUGGUACAAGUCAGCCGAGAAAUGGGACGAGUCAUGGAGUGCUUUGAGCAGGGCCAUCCCCGCCGCCAUCGAGAUAGGCCUGCACCAGGAUUCCUCCUCCGAGGGGAUGUCGGAAUAUGAUCGCGAGAUGAGGAGACGCAUGUGGGUUAUCUUGUAUCUGUGGGAUUUUGCGUUGGGCUCCAUGCUAUCUCGCCCGUUCAUGAUCGACCGCACCCACAGUACAGUCGUGAUGCCGACACUUACCCUCGAGAACAACCGGGAACGGCCCGACCAGCCUUCGCAAUUCCGCCAUAUGAACCUCCACUGCCAAUUGUGCAUCAAUGCGGCUGCGGAGUUUGGGAAGGAGUCGGAUCCCGAAACAGGUAAGGCAAAAACUGCCAAACGGAUACAAGUUGCGGUUGAGAAGUGGUUCGAUAGCCUCCCGGCGGAAUAUGCCUUGAAGUCGCCCGAGACGCGGUGGGACCGUGAGUUUGAAUGGGUUGUGUUUCAGCGCCGGUAUCUGCACCUGAUCGGAUACAUGAGCUUGUUCAGUCAGCUAAAACCUUUUCUUACGCGGAACUCGGCGGAGCCCAUGUCGGAACUCGAGUCGAGCCUUCGAGAGGCCGGCGUUGGGGCGGCGCUGGGCCUCAUGGAUGUGUCGUGGAGGCUUUUUGAAACCCUGGUUUCGGCGGGGGCCAAGUUUCACUAUGCCGUCUUUUGCAUUUUCGACGCAGCAACCGUCAUGUGCUCUGCGUUCCUCCUGGACGAGGCUCGCAACCUUCCGCAGCGGGAGACUAUCCUUGAGGCCGUCAAGAAAUGCUUGGGCAUGCUCGCAGAGGCGGCUUCCGAGUCUAAGACAACGGCUGGGUUACACCACAUCCUAAAGGGUCUCCUUAAUAAGCUGCCGCUGAGCACCAGGGAGCAAGGGGUGAUUGGGUCGAAGAAACGGGUGAAGAAUGAGAGGGUUACGCCGCCCGGCGACCGAACUCUGACCAUGAAGUCUCCGAGCGUUCCGUCGUCGCAGCGCACCCGGUCUGAAGGUCGUCGGAAUCACAAACCCCGACACCGAUCCAGCAGCGCCAGCUCUAACAGCGAUUCCACGGUGGAUUUGUCCAAAUUCCAGCCACGCAGCGAGAGUUCCGUGUCGGUACCUGACAGCUGUCGAUCGAUAAAUCCCCGGGUAUCAUCAGAAUCCCAGACACGGCCCAGGUCCGUCGUUCCAUCGAAUGGCGUAGCGCCGGCAACCGGUCUUGCGUCCUCUAGCAACUUCGUGCCGGUCCACCCGUCGUAUCCGGGAGCAACGGGUGGCUAUAUGCCGGCGACGAGUGCCAUGUCGACGACCGUCUUCAUGCCAUCAGAGGCAUACAACCCCGGUUCCGGGUACGUGCAGGAGGGCGGCUUUCAAUACUCGGCGCAGAGCCCCGUGGGUGUGAUCCCAUUCAGCCAACCUGCUUGGCAGCCACCCCAGGCGAUGGAAAACCUGGGAGGCAAUGUGCUCUACCCGAACGGCGGCCUUUCUGGAUUUGACAGCUCCCCGCCACCGCCACCUCAGCCCGCACUACUCAAUUACUGGGAUUGGCAGGAUCUUGGCCUCGGCCACCCCUCGACUUGGCCCGUACCGGUUCCGGAUCAGAGCGGGAUGCGGCAGCACUACGUGGAACUGCCUGGGGGGUUUGACGGCCGGGGCAUGGCAAACGACUGCGGGGAGAGCGCGAGCACCGAUCUGAGUCGGUGA